CUGUUGCCGCCGUCAUCCGCAAAGAAGAGAUGCCUGAACCUCGGAAGGUUACAGGCGGUGCGUCCUUUAUUGUAGGAUAUCGACUGGGUGGGAAGCAUGUUUUAGUCGUGGGUGGUGGGAAGGAAGCGUCCGGAAGAGUAUUCUUCGCCCUGGACGCUGACGCCAGAGUUACUGUGGUUUGCCCGGCUUCUGGCCUCAAUAAGGAUGUCGAGACUCGAGUGCAUAAUGGGGAGAUUGUCCACAUUGAUCGAAACUUUGUUGAUUCGGACCUUGACCACGCGGACAUGGUCCUGUCGUGCAUUGACGAGCAUGACGAAUCGCGCCGUAUCGCCACGUUGUGCCGCAAGCGUCGUAUACCUGUCAACUGUGCAGACAUUCCAGAACUGUGCGACUUUUACUUCAUGGCGCAGCAUCGGAACGGCUCACUUCAAAUUGGUGUUUCGACCAACGGUUGCGGACCUCGGCUAGGUGCUAGGCUGCGAGAUCACGUUGUGUUAUCUCUACCCCCAAGAACGGCGGAGGCAGUGGAUAAAAUAGGGUCGGUAAGGAAAAAGAUCAGGGAAGCCGAUCCCGAUCCUGAAAGCAGUGGACGGCGUAUGAGGUGGUUGAGUCGGUUAUGCGAUAUAUGGUCAUUUGAGGAAAUCGCGGCGUUGGAGGAAGAUGGAGUUUUGGAGCUAUUAGAUGCCUAUGAAAGAGGGGACAAGGAACCGCCUCCACCUCCUGGAAGGAGGGGAGAAAACGCGAACGGCAAAAACGGCGUAGGCGAUGGCCAUGAAGAUCGCAGUGCAGCAGGUUUAACUCUGAUACAGUAUGCUCACUCAGUCCCUUUGGUCGGAGCAACAGUCGAUACUGUGGCUUCUGCUACAGGAAGCGCUUGGAACUUGACCACAUCUGCAGUUUCUGGUAGCAUUGAAACAGCCUCUGCCAUUGGAGGCCAUGCAUUGGAUAUUACAAGCACUUAUGCGCGGGCUCUUAAAGAGACAGGAUCCGCUUACAUCCAGUAUGCUGUGACAUGUACUGAGGAUAUUGUUGAAAAUGGACUCCGCCUCUUGCCAGAAGCGGUUUCUCGAGUAGCAAGAGGCACGUUGUGCCUCCUGCCACUUCCCAUUCACGUCUCACCCCGUCCAGAAGGAGGCAUCACACUUGUUGGGGCCGGUCCUGGGGAUCCAGGAUUGCUGACUCUACGCGCACUUGACGCCAUUCGGACCGCUGAUCUUGUUGUGUCAGACCAACUUAUUUCCGACCAGAUACUGGCUCUUGUACCUCGUAAGAGACUGCAUCUUGUUCAAAAGAAGGCCGCCGGGAAAUCGGAUGCCUCUCAGAAUGAUGCCAACGAAACUUGCCUGGCUGCAUUAUCCCGCGGACUCAAUGUGGUACGUCUGAAAGGGGGCGAUCCUUUCUUGUUUGGUCGCGGCGGGGAAGAGGUCGCAUUCUUCCGCGAGAAAGGAUACGAACCGAAAAUCGUUCCCGGUAUCAGCUCCUGCAUUGCAGCUCCUGAAAGUGCUUUCAUUCCCGUGACGCACCGUGGUGUCGCUGAUCAGCUUCUGGUGUUAUCUGGUCGUGGAGAAGGCGGCGCAUUCCCGGAAGUGCCUCCGCACUAUGAGAAGCGAACGACCGUCGUUCUUAUGGCCGUUGGUAGACUACAAGAACUGGUUGAUCGUAUGAUUGAAAAAGGUUAUCCGAACGACUGUCCUGCAGCUGUUGUGGAGAAGGGAUGUUGGAGAGAUGGCUCUGAGCGAGUAGUUGACGGAACACUGCAAACUAUCGUUGGAAGAGUUAAGGAUGCAGCAGUAGGAGCACCGGCACUAUUAGUGGUUGGCGACGCGGUCUCGGUUCUUCGGUCAGCUCCGGUAGAGGAGCCACAGGGAUUUAUUACGGAUGGCACUAUUAGCCACAGCAGCGGAGAAAUCAACGGCGCAAUGGUAGAACACAAUUGAAUGCAACAUAUCUGCGAUCCCCCGCUAGUAUCAUUAGCUUUGUUUUGCGAUUUGGCGCCUGUAGCAUGAUCGCGCUUCUACCUGUAAAAAGCAUAUUUUUGUACAUUUAUAUCGAAUUUAACAUACUCUAGCUUCAGCAAA